ACCGCAGUGUGCAUUUUUGAUUCUAUUUCUAAUUUCUAUGCAACUUCAUAAUCAUAGAGUAUAGUAAUAUAGGGGGAAUAAUCAUAAAUGUUCAUAAUCUUGAACGUUCUCCCAUGUCCACUAGUGUAUCAUUGAUCAUUCCAUUAUUUCCAGUUUAAACAAAUAUUUUUAUUAUUUGUGUGAUUAUUUUUUUCUUUUUGUUGUUUUAUGGUUUUUUAAAUCAUGAGUGAAUCAUGUGUGGAAACGCCUGAAGCACCAGCUUGGUUAUCCAAGCUUGAGAGCCAGAGAGAAAAACUAAGUAAAGCUAGAUUAGGACACGACAGUGGUGCUGGAGCUCCAUGCAAUUCUUGUGGAUCGUCAUGUCCAGGAUUAGAUCUUCAUUUCUGGAGAAAAGUGUGCCGAGCAUGUCACUGUAGUAAGGAUGUACAUGAUGUUCAAGAUGAUGAUUUAUCUGGAUGGGCCCAGUUUGAACUUCUUGGUACAGCUAAACCUAAGAAGGCUUCCUUGCCUCUAAUAAAAAUUCGUGGAGUCACAGACAAGCCUGUUAAACUUGACUGGGUUCCUCCUAACGCUUCAACUGAAUUGGUGUCAGAAUACAUGUCGUGCCUUGGACCACUGGCCCCUGUGUCCGGCAGUGAUGCCGCUCGUAAGCGUCGAGCACAACUCCGGACCCAACUCCCACCGCACGAUGUGGCACCAGCCGCUAGACAUCAUGCAAGUGACCAGGAAAAAUCUGAACAUACUGAAUACAUCACCCGUAUCAAGGAUCAUGUGGUGGGCAUGGGCAACGUCGUCAGGGUCGGCCCCUUACAAAGCGCCGAAAUAUGUUCAGUUGAAAAUAGCAAGGUACAUACUGCACCGAAAUCCUAUGCCCUGCCAUUAAAAAUAUCCAACAUAUCUAGGGGUGUCAAGUAUAAUAUUGUUCCCAAAAAUGCAUCUGAUAAAAAACUUGUAUUGGAUUCCCAAGGUAAUGUUGUAAGUGCCGCCAAUUUGCCAGAUUAUAAGUCAAGCCCCAUACUUAGCCGUAUUGUCAAAGAUAAACUCCAUAUUAUGCGAAUUGAAUCUGAUAGAAUUAAGAGCGCUGUUGAACAUGGCCCUGUAUAUGAUAAGCUUUUGAAGAACCUGAGUGAUCUUAACUUGCCAGUGACAAAUGAUGUCUACUUGCAACCUAUCAAGUUAUUCCGAGAUGAAUAUAAUAGAAACCCUGAAUUCAAGGAGGAAGUGAAUGAGUUUGCCCAAAAAUCACUGGGGGCUCAAAUGAUACCUGACUUAUCAGUCAUAAACAACAAUAUAAUGGGAACAGCCAAACUCCUUGAUAGUAGAUUGCAAAAGGGAACAAUUUUUGCUCCAAAUGGAGAAAUUUGGAGUUGGAAACAAGAACCAACAACACCUGAACUUAGUGGUACUCUUUGUUCUACAAAAAUAAGUCCUCAGUACUCUACAACAAUGAAACCUUUGAACCAAGUAGAGCCACAGCAAACAGCUCCUUUGAGGGAAUAUGUCAGGAGCCACUCAGAAGAAGAUGCACCUCCACCACUGCCAAAUUACAAUACACACCCUGGAAACAUGCCUAAUACUUUCACAGACAUGCACUCAGAUGUGCCCAUACAAGUUGGGAAUUAUAUGGAGCAACUUGAUCCUAUUAUGACUCAAUUUGCUGAUAUGUCACUUAAUCCAGCCGAAGUUGAGUUUAACAGGAAACUAUAUAAUGAGGGAGUGCCUUGCCAGCGUUGUGAAAAGCCUAUGUUCGCGGGUGAGGUAGCAGUGAAAGCGGAACGGGCAGGCCAAGACGCCAUCUGGCAUCCACAAUGCUUCACUUGCUGCAAAUGUGGUGAACUCUUGGCAGAUCUAGUGUACUUUUACUACAAAGGAGAGAUAUAUUGUGCUAGAGACUUGGCGAACGUUCUUGAAAUACCACGUUGCGCCGGUUGUGAUGAAUUGAUAUUUACUAGACCUUACACGGCUGCCGAAGGACGGGCUUUUCAUGUGCAGCACUUUUGUUGCUAUCACUGCGAUGCCCCUUUGGGGGGAAAGAAAUAUGUACCAGAUGAUAAAACAGGAUUGCCAAUUUGUUUAACCUGUUAUGAUCAAUUUUAUGCCGAAAGAUGCCGCGCCUGUGGGGGUGUAAUUGGUCCAGAACAACAAGGUGUGUCAUGGGGUAACAUGCAUUGGCACGCUAAUUGCUUCAUAUGUUCAGGAAGAAUGUGUGGGAAAAGUUUGUUGAGCGGCCGUUUUGUUGUGAAACAGGAGAUGCCUUUCUGUAGUGUACCAUGUGUACAAAGUAAAAUUAAGUGAGAUAUAGAGAGUUUUGUAUAAACAGUUUUUAUAUUUACAUAAUAUACAAUAUAUAAUUCUAGGUAUACUUAAAUAAUAAUUUUAUAUCUUAGCAUCUAUUUGUUGGACCGAAUUCACAUAGUUUAUAAAAAAACUAAACCAGUUUUUUUAUAAUUCGGUCCAUUUUUUUAUAAUAAAGUACUGAUUCUAAAUUUAAUAAAUCAUACAUAAUAUGCUUUACAAUUUGAUAACCCAAACAAAUCUAUUCCAUUUGUGUAAUUUAAUAAGUAUUAUAGUAAUAUAAAGAUGGAUUUAUAGGUUUAGAUAAAGAUAUUAUAUAUAAGGAUACCAUAAUAUGUAGUACCUCUAAGACAAUUGGUAAUAUGGGAACAACAAUUUAGGAUAAGUAUUAUAUUUUUACAAAUAUAUAUAAUAGAACAUUGUGUGUUGUGAUAAUCAUAGAUGGGAAAAUUUUAUAUUUAAAAAAAAUUUUUAAUCAUAAUACUGUUAAUUUAUGAAAAAGGUUUAUCUUUAAGCUUGAAAUAAGUUAAAAAUUUGGCCAUUAUGAUACUAAAUAUGUUAUUUAUAUGUACUUUAAUUUAUGUUGUAAUGUAAAGUAUUAUAAUAUGUGAUAACUAAUCAGACAUAACAGGACAUUCUAUCUUGUGCCAUUGAAUGCAUUUAUACUUAUAUUUAUAAAACAGUAAAAAAUAAAACAAAUAAAUUACUUA